GGAGGGCGGAAGGCUGCGUCCACCCUUCUAUAUUUAACCCGAACUAGAGAGAUCGAGGACUGCGUGCUCAGAGAAACACCGCAGCCUCCCGUCGCUCGCUGAUUCCGGACGGGACUAAGGAGGAAGCUGGUGAGAAGCGUGCGCCGGCGCGAGGAGCAGCUGGAAUAACGGUGAAGCACAGCUGCCUCGGCCCACACGAGUCAUGGAGGGACUGUAUUUUGAAGCGAAGCCCACAAGAGUUGAGCCCCGCGGGCCAGGAAGUUCUGGAAAGGCCCGUUCCAGUCUCACUUCCAACCACCGCUCGUGUCCAUCGUUCUCUCAUCUUGCCGAUUCCUCACAGUCUCCCCACGAACUCACCCGCUGGAGGAGAACUGCCACUUGGGCACAAAUUGCAGAAGACGAAGGAGAGGAGGAGGAGGAGGAGGAGGAGGAGGAGCUGCGGUACAAGCUGACGCUGAUCGGCUCUCUGCCGGUCCACCGCCUCACCACCAUGGCCAUGCUGCCCUGGGUCGUGGCAGAGAUCAGCCGGUCCCGGCCCGCGGGGGAGGAACCGAGCGGCGCCCGCGGAGGCAGGCGGCCGGCGCCGCCGACGUCGCGGCAGAGCGUGUUUCUGUGUGCGACGGCGUCGCGGGUGCGCUGCGUGGCCUUCGUGGGGCAGGGGAUCGUGUGGGACCCCCUGACGCACACGGUGCUGUUUGAAUGUCGUGCCCACCAGGUGACUAAGCUGAUCCACAACAGCAGGGAGCCCAGCAGCUUCGGCUGCAUGGUCAGGGACGCUGCAGACUGCACCUGCUACGUCUUCCAGUGCCAGGACAGCACCAAGGUCCCCGAGAUCAUCAGUACUUUGAGGCAGGCCGGCAAAAGCUCCGCACGCAGCAAUGACAUCACCCCCAUUCCCAACACAACCGCCGCCGGUGGCGGAGAUUCCUCUGAAACAUGUUUGCCGUCGGCGUCCACGGCGACCUCCUCCGCGGCGCCCACCGCCGCCGUGUCUCCAACGGCCUUUGCCAAAAAGUUCGAGGUUCUGUUUUGCGGGCGCGUGAGCGUUGCGGACAAGAAAGCGCCGCCUGCGCUCAUUGACGAGUGCAUAGAGAAGUUCAGCCAGUUGCACGGCUCGGCGACGACCGAUAAAGGAGGGGGGCGAUUGAUGGGCGGCCUAAGGAGGGCGUUAACCUUCCAAACCAACGGACUCGGGGGUGGUGCUGCUGGUUACAGCGCCACAGGAAGUCCCAUCGCUGGGAAGCGCCCUGUCUUGUUCCAGAGGGACCCCAGCUUCCCGUGUCUGCAGGCCCUGGACGAGAACGGACUGUCCCCAGAGAUUUCCCACGCCAACACAACUGAUGCGCUUGCCCGCCCUGCGGACGUGCAGCCCACCAGCCUGCAGGAGAACAGGACCAUGCUGUUUACGGUGGGCAGAUCUCAGAUCUUCUUGGUGAGUCCAGACACUAAGAAAGUCGUCAUAGAGAAGAGUUUCAGAGAAAUCUCCUUCUGCUCACAGGGCAUUCGGCACGUGGAUCACUUUGGCUUCAUUUGCAGAGAGACCGUUGAAGGGGGCAGCUGCCAUUUUGUCUGCUAUGUCUUCCAGUGCACAGACGAGUCCCUUGUUGAUGAGAUCAUGCUGACUUUAAAGCAGGCGUUCUCAGUGGCAGCCCUACAACAGAAUGCAAAGACCCAGAGCCAGCAGUGUGACAGCUGCCCCAUGCAGGAGCUCCACAGGCUGUGUGAGAGGAUAGAAGGUCAACACCCUUCUAAAACCAAACUGGAGCUUCAGAGACAUCUGGCCACUCUAGACAAUCAGGAGCAAGCUUCAGUCUUCGAAAACACUAUGAGGGCUCGGCCGAUGAGCGAUCAGGAGGAGAAUGAGCUGGUGAUGGCCUUGCUGAGAAGUCUGUAUGAGGGAAGACAGCAGAGUCAUCAGCAUACGCUGCCUGCUGACAGCAAACAGGUGGGUGAGGAGGCAGCACAAGCGCCAGUGGAGGCGCAACAGCAGAGCAGCAGUCGGCAGCGUCUUGAACAGUUCAAGAGCAGAGCCAAGCGCUCGCUCACUGAGUCCCUGGAGGGUAUUUGGAAGGGGAGCAGCAGGAGCCGAGCUCAGAGGGACAAUAGUUGUGAUAGCGCCUCUUCCACCUGUGCUGUCAACAGCAGCCAGGACCCGCCCUGCUUAGAUGACUUGUCUGCCCCCUCCCAGCUGAGACCCAACAGCCCACUCAGGUGCCACAACUCAACAGGAGACCUGAAGCUCCUUGACCCAACUCUCCACUUGUCUCCUUCCUCGUCGUCGUUGCCUGGAGAUUCACAGCCAUCGGGCCUCCGUCGACGGGCCAACACUUUCAGCCACUCGCCCACCACUUCAGCACUCGAGACCUCACCACAGACACCAUCUCACGCGCCACAGGACUCUGCCACAGCUACCAAGGCCAAGCUCAUGCGUCACUACUCCGUCAGCACCGACACUCCACACCAGAACAAACAUGUUUCAGCUGCUUCCAUCCUUUUUCCUCCUCCUUCCUGCCCUUCAUCCCCAUCCUCCAAUUUUUCCGGUGCCCGUCUCAGUAAAAGAAGUCCUCUCGGUGGUCUGCGUGCUCGUCUUCACUCCUCCUCCUCUGUUCCAAAUUUUCUAAAAUUUCCAUUUCUGGCCCCUGUCCAAGAAAACGAUUGCCCCCCUGAACCGUCAGACAGUGAUGUUGGGGCUCUCGCUACGACGAAUCCUACAUGUGAGGUGGGUGAAAGUCCACUUCGCAGUCACCGCCACUCUUGGAGGCAGCAGAUUUUCCUACGUGUUGCUACACCUCAGAAGAACACAGACACCAGUGAGCUGGUGGAGCCCUGUCGAGAGGGGGCCAGAGUGUGCGUGGGCCAGCUGGUAGGUGGAGGAAACGGAGACUCGUCCAUGAAGACGGUGCCCGAGGAGGCGCCGAAAAGAGGCAAAGAGGAGCUGAGGGAGCUGUGGAGGAAGGCCAUCUUGCAGCAGAUCCUGCUGCAGAGGAUGGAGAGGGAGAAUCAGAAGCUACAGGCAUCAGAAAGUGACCUACAAAACAAACGUCUAAAACUAGACUACGAGGAAAUCACUCCAUGCCUGAAGGAGGUCACGCUGGUGUGGGAGAAGAUGUUGGGGACUCCCGGGAGAGUAAAGGUCAAAUUUGAGACAGAGACCAUACACGCUGCAGUUGCACAAGGUGUCCCAAGGCAGCAUCGGGGCGAGAUUUGGAAGUUUCUGUCUGAGCAGUACCUGCUCAAGCAGGCAGUUCCCUCUCGACCGCCUGCCAUCGACACUCCGUACAAAGAGCUGCUGAAACAGCUCACCUCACAGCAACAUGCCAUCCUCAUAGACCUGGGCCGUACUUUCCCCACUCAUCCAUACUUCCAAGCCCAGCUGGGGGCUGGACAGCUGUCUCUCUAUAAUAUACUGAAGGCCUACUCACUGCUAGAUCCUGAGGUGGGCUACUGCCAGGGCCUGUCCUUCAUUGCCGGGGUGCUGUUGUUACACAUGGGAGAAGAAGAUGCUUUCAACAUGCUUAAAUUUCUGAUGUAUGACGUGGGGCUUCGUAAACAGUAUAGGCCUGACAUGAUUAUCCUGCAGAUUCAGAUGUACCAGUUGUCGCGGCUGCUCCACGACUACCACAGGGAUCUUUACAGCCACCUGGAGCAGCAGGAGAUCGGACCCAGCUUAUACGCCACCCCCUGGUUCCUGACUGCCUUCGCUUCACACUUCCCGCUCGGCUUUGUGGCCAGAGUCUUCGAUAUGUUGUUCCUGCAGGGGUCAGAGGUCAUUUUCAAGGUGGCCUUGAGUCUCAUGGGGAGCCACAAACCUCUGAUCCUGCAACAUGACAGCCUGGAAUCCAUUGUAGACUUCAUCAAGACUACGCUGCCCAACCUGGGCCUGGUUCAGAUGGAGAAAACCAUUAACCAGGUUUGUGAGAUGGAUGUGUCCAAGCAGCUCCAGGCCUAUGAGGUGGAGUACCACGUGCUGCAGGAUGAACUGCUGGACACGCCCCCAACCCUCAACCAGCACCAGCGAGCUGCACAGCUGGAGAGGACCAACCAGAGCCUCCGGCAGCAGAACCUGGACCUGCUGGAGGAGCUGCAGGUGUCCCACGCUCGCGUGAGCAGCCUGGAGGGUCAGGUGGAGGCGCUGGUCCAGUCAGAAAACCAACUGAGGGAGCAGGUUUCUGCACUGGAGGAGGAAAAGAAGCAGCUGCUGAGCACAGUCACAAGCCUGCAGGAGCUCCUCAGCAGCCUCGGCAUACGCAUGACUCCUGAUGGACACACAAUCCCCGCUGACAGACCGAUGGGAGCAAACCCAGAGGAGCUGGGAAACAGGACUGGGGACUCCCUGCUUCACCCGCUGGCUCCACAGGGUUCAUAGUUGCUCCCGAUCAUCUUUCAAAUAGGGACAUUGCAAUAGUACUGAAGAAGAGGGGAGAGAAGAUGGCUCCCAAACUCGACCUUUGUCCUCCCCCCAGCUGUGCAUAUAAAAAAAGAGGUGAAACUGUGGAAGUUGGACACAAAGUGGGGAUCGUGGGGAAUGUAUUAUCUAACAGAAGCCACAAAUGCCCACUUCCUUGUCUACAAAUAAAUAUGAACGUAAUUAUUGACCAGACAAAGACUUUCCCACUGGGCGUCUACUGUAAAAACAUAUUUUUGUCUACCCCUGUACUUGUAUCUCUGCGUCUUUGAAUGUGUCAUGUCCUGUGUUUGUGAGGAAACUGUGUCGGUUGCGAUGAGGCUAAAAAAGCCAAAGAAUGUCACUUCAUGCAAAAACAAGCUCUAACAAGGAUGAAAUUGAUCAACCUUCGAGUCAUACAAAGAUUUCUUUCCAAAGAAAGGGGGAAAAUUGCAAUGAAGAGACGUGUAAUGAAAAGUGCGUUAGGUUCUUAAAGCCACGAUGGUGCUUGUGUGCGGAGGUGAACUGCUUUUGGUUCCUCCUCUGCUCCUCCAGUCUUCCACGGUUGCAUCUCCUCCCGCUGUAGGUUUUAAACUCCACGUACUGUAGCUACAGUAACCUCCAGGAAGCCUCACAAUGACUCCCGCAACGGGAGCACAAUAAAUCCAGUCCAUUUCACAUCCUGUUGUUUCACCUUCCCAACAAACUCGAGGCAAUUCAGCGGAAAACUGCGGCGGUGCCUUAUCCGAGCGGUUUUCCAGCCUGAGUGAUUACUUCAUAUUGCAAAACGGCAAUUUGUCUGCACUUCAUAUACUGUAGAAGACGUCUGCUGCUGAGACAAGCUGUCGGCUGUAAAUCAUCCACUGUAUUAAACACUGAAUUCCUUCAAGUCGAGCUGCAGCUCCGUGAAUGUCUGAAUGUGUUACUGUUCACCCGCCGAGUGCAACUAAUCUAUUGAGUUACACCGUAAAGCUAUUAUUGCUUCUGCUCCUGCUUGUCCUCGCACGUCUUUGUUUCCUGCAUUCACGUUGUGUACUUUAAUACAUGUCCUGUCCCUCCACUGCACCUGACGCCAUGCUCCUUGUGCAUGUCAGGUGUGGGGCUGUUGGAGUCUGUGUAGGCUGUACGCCCUCCUGUCCAAACAUGCCAGUCAACUGCUGCGUAACAAGGCUUUGAGCAUAUGGAAAUUACACUGUACACAGUAUUUAAAACGCAGGCAGUCGUGAGCUUUCAGAGACUUGUCCUGAGGGGAAGAAAAGCGUGUCAGGGCAAGCCGUGCCUGUGUUCGUAUGUACGUGUUUACACAACUGAAAAAAGCACCAACAGACACAGAAUCAUUUAAAUACAGGUUUUUUUUUAGUUCUCACUAAUAAAACCAUUUAACGUUU